CAGGAAAAAAGAAACAAAGAAAAAGGAUUCAGUGCCGUGGUGGAUAUCUGAGGAAGAUUUGGACGAUGGUGAUUUUCAAACAAGAUUUGUUAAACUGAAAAAAGAGAAGAAACUGAUGGAAACCCACGCUGAAAUAGUGGAAAAUAGUGAACAAAAGUGUCCCCAUUCAGAUUCCCAGUCUGGUAUUUGAUUAAAUAUGUUUUGUUAAAUUUAUUCACUAUCAGUCUCGUAUUACUAGUGUGUUUCCUAUAGAAAAUCCUUUGCAAAUCAUCCUUUUGACCAUAGUGUUCUCACUGAAAGCAAGCUGCCACUUACUUCAUUUGUCAUUUCCAGAAAAAACUAGUAACUAUGUGAUCUUUUGCUCAAUUAUCGUUACAGCACAUAUCAAUACCUAUAGUGAUGUAGGAGGACAGAUAGUAUUGAAUGUAAGCCGGGGGGGUGGGGGAGAAUAAGUUUGAAAAUCUAAACAAAAGUCAGUAUGUUUAGUAAACAGAAAAUCUCCUACACUUUCUAUAUUUCAUUAUCAAAAAAUAUUAAUAUUCGGUGUUCUAUUUGUUUAAUUUCAAAUACUCCAGUCAGAGAAGCAUUCUAUUUAUUUUCUGUUGAAUUGAUUCUUUUCCCUCUGCUGACCAGUAGGCUGCACUGUGCAUGCUGCCCCUGGAAUGGAAACAGUACAGUUGGUGUAAUAAUGGCAAACUGAGUUGUUUAAUCUACAGGGUUAUUUUAGUCAAUGUGACUUCAGAUUCAACCUUUUAUGUGAAGUUACUUUUUGUGCUAUCUGAAGAGAAACUCCAAAGAAUAAUAAAGUUAAACAUUGAUCCAUGAAAUAGUUUUGUGUAAAUUACAAUAGCAAUUACCUUGUAUAUACUUGUUUAAAUGUGGCUUUGGUGUUAAAUUCAAGCAGAUCAAUAAUAUUUUGGAGAGCCAUGACAAAGAAAUAUUUGGCACUUGGUCUUUAGAUUGUGUUGGUGAUCUACUAUGUAGCCUAUAGAAGCUAUGUCAGCUUUCUAGAGUGUAUGUGCUGCCCUGUUUUCGUAAGUCUCAUUUGCAUAGGAUAGCUAUAAAGCAUCUCGGUCUGGGAGAUAAACACUAUAAACUGGAUCUAUUUAUCAAAUUAGGCUUAAUAUUUGAAAUAUGAGCAAUAGCAGGAGUUUGGCAGUUAUUUCCAAUUACUAUUUUAAAAGGCAUCAGGUGUUUGCAUUAUUCACAGCAGAAGGCAUGCUGUCAACACUUGUAGCUUCCCAGUAAAUGUGGGAGAAUAUAAAUCUAGAGAAGUGAUGCCUCACUAGUGGACUUGGACAUCAGUUGAGGGAAUAACAGAGCUGUGUGUUUUAUCAGAAUGGAUUUCAUACUGUUUUUCUUUUUGCAUUGCACCUGUCAUAUGCUCACCACCUUCCUUCAGUCAUCUUGGAUAUUUAUGAGUUGUGUUAGCUUCUGGUCACAUCUCCCAGUAGUCCCAUUUCUAGGUAGCAUAAGUAUUUGGCUUGAUCCCCUAGACUAUUCCUGCUCUCUCUUGUGUCAAGGUAAAUGCAAAAAAAAAAACUUUGACUAAGAGUUUUUCCUGAAUUAGCCAAUUUAGAAGCCCUCUCCACCCCAACAAUUUGAACAAGGAAAAGUCUAAUGCAGUGCACCUGGGUAGCCUAAGGUAUAUAAAAUGUGUAGUGUGACUAUCAUCUAAGUAUCAUGAAAGAGAACAGUUUUCAGCAUAGGUACUGUUAUCUAACACUUAAUUCUACCAAUGUGAAUGGAAAGUGUUUGGUUAUAUCUGCUUCUAAGCAAGUCCUCACAAUGGUUUGAUCAAAGAACAUACAGCUCUUGUACCUGACAGUGAUAGAUGGUAGUAAUUCACAUUUAUGUACCUAUGGCUUUUCACUUUUCUUUGAACCGAUCUAGAUGCUUUCUUUCAAAACUUGUACUACAAAACUUCUUUUAUUGUUGAAGUAGUUUUACUAUUUUUCUUUGUUUUCAGGUAAUAUAUUGAGCUCCUAAAACAGGGUAUUUGAAUGCAAGGUAUACGUGGAGCAAGAAGGAAUUUGUCUUUUUUAAAAGUAGAGAGGGGAGAAAAAAUGAGUUUUAUUCUCAUAAGUUGUAAGGUUUAGCUUUAAUUUUUAGUUAUAGCUAGAAGACUGUAGAUAGUUCAGUAUACAAGAAACUGAACUGCAUUACUUUUUCAGAAGUGGCAAUCUGAAUUCUCAUAUCUUACUUUUCUCUUUAUUCCCUGUCCAUUAUGUAUAAAAACUUCUAAAUGUUUGUGUGCACUUAAAAGUAGCUCCCCCUAAACCUUCCAGUGCAUCUCGCAGCAAGGCUUUGUCUAGAUUCAAAAUGCUGGAAAAAUUUCAUAAGGACAAGAAAGUUUCAUAUUUAAACAAAGAAGAAGGAAGCCUCACUUCUGACAGUCCAGACAAUUCUGAGGGUAACAAAUUUAUUGUAUUUUGUAUGAUACUAAAAAGCUAAAAUGGCUCGAUUCUGACAGUCCUGGUCAGAUUAAGGAGAAAAGAAGUUACUUUUUGACUAGAUGUUUGUCAUUGUCUGUAGGUUUGAGUCCUUUGUAUUUAUGUUUGUAAACUUUUCCCUUCAAGUGUGCUGGUUAAAAAUAUUUUUCUAAGUGAAACUCGGGUUCUUAUUUUAAUUAAUUUAAUUUAAUUAAGUGGCAGGACUUGAAAAAAGAAUGCUGUCCAUGAUUAGCCUUACAAAAUAUCGCAAGUGAGUUGAAGAAUACUGCUGUGUCAAGAAGUUUUUAUGAAAAGUAACAAAUACCCCCCCAAAAAAUAAAUCACUCUUGCAAGCCCUACAGAAAUCACUAGGACUGUUCAAACAGCAAAAAAACAGUGAAAAGAGAUUUUGAAAUCCAUCCAAGUUAAUAUUUUUUCCACAUUUGAUAAGUUUCUCCGUUCAGAUUGUGUAGGGCUAGUAAAAUGACAGUUUUGCCUUAAUUAGCAACAGUAGUUAUCUCCUGUAAUCUGGGGUGUGUGUCUGGGAAUUGGGAGUGGCUGAGUUGCAAAACCGAAUGGCUGCAAAGGUGUGUUUGAUUUUCAGAUUGUUAUGGGAGGGAAGUGCUUUUUUUAGAAAGCUCUGGUCUGGUUUGAACUGGCAAAAUACUUCAAAAAAUUUUAGAUAGGUUACAUAAAUCACAUGAAGCCUUCAUGAUCAAUGUAGGUCUGUUCAGAACGUUGAGUUUGAGGUGAUUUAAAUAAACAACUCAGGAAAAUGUUUUUCUCUAAAAUGUUGUUCUGUUAAACAUUCUAAUUGUCUUUUUGCUGAAGUAUAUACCCAUCUCCUUUCUUGUAAAUCUUGCAUAAGGGGGCAAUGACAGUUUAUCUUUGAUACUACUGACAUAUUCUCAUUGAAAAAUAGGGUGUUGGAGAUCUGGUGAGAUUGUGGCUAAUCUAAAGCUUUGCAAAGAACUUGUGACCCAGCUGCAAACAAACUCCUAUUUGCUUUCUUGAUAGCUAGAAUGGAGCAUCAUCUGGGUAAAUUACUUUAAAUCACUGUAUUUAGCUACCAGAGAAAUGGACUGUUCAUGCUUUUUCACUUCUGUUCAGCACUUUGAGCUUUCCAUUUUAUACUUUUCAAUGUAUUUAGACAUUAACUUUGUAUAUUUGCGGAGCUUGACCUUUAGUCAAUGUCUCUGAUAUUUAUUUUUUACAUGUGAGGCAACUCAGUCAGAGUUCUGCUACCAGGGGUGGAGCUGAAGUUUGAUACAGGAAUGUGGAAGUCAUUUCCAAGAUGUAGAAUCUUCUGCACUUAGCCUCCCAAUAAAACGUGCAAAGGGACUUUGUCAUUGCAAGUCAAGAAAAAAAAAACCCUUAUUCUUAAUGAAGAGGCUCUUAUAAUCGGAAUGCAUGUGCUAAGGGCUGCCCAGUAGGGAAGGAAAAGGUGUUCAGACUCUCACUUUUCCUACCCUGCUUCACCCUAGAUUCAUUUUCAGUACUGAAUGGAGAGGAUUCUUUAUUGUCGUGAUACAGGUAAACGUGGCAUUUCUUAAAAGGAACUUGAUUGAGCCUGUAGAGAGGACAGAGUAACAGCCCAGAGUUGAAGCACUUGAUCAGCACAUGGAAGACUGGUUUGGUGUUCUUGAUCUGAAGGGUUAUUGAUGUACGCAUCUCCUGCAGUCUCCUGCCAGCAGGAAAUGAGCUGUUGUCGGUGCCUUCACCCUUCCUGGAAUGCUUGGAGCCAAUGGAAGCUUUGUCAAGAUUCAGUUUUAGCUUCUGGGCCUAACCAAAGUAUUGUGGGAGUUGGAUUGGAUACCUUGGAGGAACAAGAAGAAAAAGAGAUCUUCUUUGCCAAACUUGAACAAGAAGCUUCCUCUGCUAUUGAUUAUUCAAGAUUAAAUAAAGAGCUGGAUUCCAAUGAUUCUGUAUUACUAGCACCAUUUGUACGCAAUGAAAAAAAUGAAAAAGAAGAGGAGGAAUCCACACACGAAGAGAAAUCUGGCAGCUACAGUGAAGAUUUUGAAGAAGAAACAGAUGCUAUUCUUGCCUUUAAAACUGAGGGAAGUCAGGUGAAUCAAAACAUCAUGUCAGGAGUUGAUUUAAGUCCUCAGGAACAGGAAGAAGCAAAUGCUGGCAUGCUGGCUAAAGUUGUAUUACUUGAUUCACAAGAUUCAACCACAGAACUUGAAAAGGCCGUUGAAACAUCAGAUGCAGCUCAAGGUGAACAUUAUCUGCCCGGAGAAGUCAGUGGAAUUGCAAUGAAUGAAGCAGGUGCUUCCUGUGGACAAACCACCAGUGACAUCGAAGCGUUACACCAAGCAUACCAUCACAUUGAUCAGUCUUUGGGAGACACUGAUGAGCAAAAACUGCACGAUUCUGCAAUGGCAGCCUCAGAAUGCUUAGUGCAAGGUGUUCCACAAAAUAGUGACAUCUAUUCAAAAAACAUCUCAACUACUGAAUCAGAUUUACCUACUGUGGAAGAACUGAUGAAACCAAUUAAAGGAUAUUCGUGUAAUAUCAGAAGUUUUGAUGUGGAGCCUGAAAGUCCUGUGAAACUGGUAGGCAGCACAGCAAAUGACCUCAUCAGCCACUCGUCCUUUAAAGAACACCAGAAUAAUACAGUUUGGGAGACAGACUUAUUUGAGAAGUUUAACAGAGAAGACAGCAUCUUUCUGCAGACAGCUGUAAAUGACGAUAAGCUUCAGAGGGUGACUGAGAAAGAAAUUCAGACCAGUGAAGUACAGCCUGAUGUGCUAAGAGAAAAAAUAGUACAAGACUCUCUGCUUUCACAAAGCAGCAAAACUAAACAAGCUCUUCGGUCUUGUUCCUUGAAGAAUGAACCAUCAGAAUCAAUAACAACUAAACCAGUGUUGUACAGAAAUAGCAGAAGUCCAGCACCUUUGCAUAAAAAGAAGUCUUCAUAUGGUCCUCAUGGGGUGGUUAGAAGUUCUGCAUAUGGGAAACCCACUUCACUCUCAAAACAGUCUUUUCCAGUUAAUGAAAAGAAAACACCAAAAGAAACUUUCAAAAAGACUGGUGUGAAAUCCAAAAGCCCCACAAAUAGAGCAAGAUCUAAAGAAGCCUUAUUUGCUACUAGGAUAAUAAGAUCUGCAACAAAUGAACCAACUUCGAAGGGAAGUAUUAACAGAGUUAUGUCUGGCCAAUCAGUUGUUAAUAAUCUCGGACACCAGGCUGUGGAUUAUUGCAGGCAGUAUCAGCACGAUUUAUCAUUUUCCCCUAUCAAAAGUUGUGAUAGAGAACUAUAUUUGCUAAAACGAGUACAAGUUGCAGAGGAGGACCUGAGUACAGCUCGUGAUUUGAUUCAACAGCUAACCAGCACGGUUUCACAAAAAGAGAAAGAAAUGGAGACAAAGAUAGUAGAAUUGAAAACACAGCAUGAAAAAGAGCUUUCUCAGUUGGGUCAGGAAAACUAUGUUCUUCAGAGUAAGUUAAGAAGUAUGGAAGAGCUGACUCAAGAAAAGAGAUGGACCCAUCAUACAGCAACAGUUCCUGUCACUGAGGAAAAACUGGCACAAAUACAAAAAGAAAUCGAAGAUCAAGAGGUCAUUAUUCAAGGUUAUCAACAGGAAAAUGAGAGGUUAUACAAACAAAUGAAAGAGCUACAAAUCCAAAACAAAAAAAAUGAGGAACGAAUGUUUAAGGAGAAUCAGUGUUUAAUGUCUGAAUUAAUAGCCCUAAGAGAAAAGAUAGAAAAGACUAAUGUCCAGUCACGAAUCAUGCAGAAUUCUGAACCAGCCAGAAACCAGAGUUUCACAGAACUGAUUUCAGAGCUUCGAGCAGCACAGAAGGAAGAAACUAAAUUACAGGAAGAGAUAAGACGUCUCAAACAAGAUAAGCAAGCUCUUGAGGUAGACUUGGGACAAGCAAAGAAGGAGAGAGAUUUAGCAAAAGUCCAGAUUGCAUCCACAUCAGAUGAGAAGACUUACGAAUUUAAAAUUAUAGAAGAAUCAUACAAACAGGAAAUUACUCAUUUAAAAAGACGACUUCAGUGGUAUGCAGAAAAUCAAGAUCUUAUGGAUAGAGAUACAGCCCGUCUUAAAGAUGCAAGAGAAGAAAUUGAGAAACUAAAACUAGAGGUUGAAAAGCUCAGAGCUGAAGCUGGAGACCAGAGUAUGCAACAGAAGAAACGUUUGCGAGACAGAGCAGCAGAUGCUAAAAGAAUUCAGGAUCUUGAGCGACAAAUCAGAGAAAUGGAAGGAAUUCUAAAAAGAAGGUAUCCAAAUUCUUUGCCUGCUUUAAUUUAUGCUGCUGCUGCUGCUGAGAAAACUAAUGAUCUUUCAGCUAAAACACACACAGUUGAUUUUUUGGAGAGAAGAAUAAAAAAGUUAGAAACAGAACUUGAAGGUAAAGAUGAUGAAGCUAAAAAAAGUCUCCGUGCCAUGGAACAACAAUUUCAAAAAAUAAAGAUACAGUAUGAGCAAAGACUUGUAGAGCUUGAGCAACUACUUGCCUACAAGUUUAUGAGCGAAUCGCCAAAACUGAAUGGUGAUAAAGCCAAUUCUACAGAACUUGAACAAGAGCUUCAGAAUCUAAAGAAGACCCAUCAGAUCACCGUUAAAAACCUCCAGACAGAAAUUGAAAACCUUAAAAGUCAAAAUUCCCAAUUAAAACUCAGAAGUAAAAAGGAUAAUAAAGACUUAGAGUCCACAGACUCUCAAAUGAAACAAGGUAACACGAAAGACAGACUGUUAAAACUAAAUGAAGAACUGGUCACCAAAAAUAGAGAAAUACAAGACCUUACAAAAACUGUAGAGAAGCUUCAAAAAGAAAGGAUGGUGAUGUUGUCUGAUAAUAAUUUGAGAAAUAAGACCAGUAAUAAGGAAAAUACUACAGAGAUCUUGAAAAAGAAUACCUCAGCAACAGAUAAAAGGAAUUCCAGCAACAGUGAACCCAUUUUCAACAAUGACAAAAUAUACCAACCGCAUGCCUUUUCUGAUUCUAAUCUCUCGGAAGUGCUGCAAGAAAACGCACAGCUGAAAGAGGAGCUAGAAAGAUUGUCUCUAGAAAUGAACCAGCAGAGGGUGAAGUCUCAAGCAACACUGGCUUACUCUGAAAAUAACAUACGAAGGAUACGGGAGGACACAGCAGAAUAUAUUGCAUCUCUGAAAGCUUCCCAUCAGAGGGAAGUGGAGAAGAUUCUCUGCGAGCACGCGAAGGAGCAUUCUGCUUCUAAAGUAGCUGAACUAAACAGCAGAAUUUCAACACAAGAGAUAUUAAUAAAACAUCUCCAAGAACAAAUCGGUGAACAACAGAGACAUCAGGAAGCCCUUCUAGUUUCACAAAUGCGAGAGGAACUCCUACAAAAAGAGGUGACAAAAUUGUUAGAAGAACUGAGAGAGGCUAAGGAGAGCCAGAGUCCUGAAAUGAAACAUUUCUUGUGCCUGGAAAAGAAAAUCAAGCAUAUAGAGACCAGACAUGCAGAAAGAGAGCAAGAAAUCCAAAAGGCGGCCCAACUAUCGCCACACGUUACUGAGGCAAGGCAGGCCCGUGAGGCUGAGAGGUGGCGAAGACUGGCGCAGCGCAAGAAUCAAGAACUGGAGCAAUUUCGAGUGGAAUUGGAUUCAAUAUUAGAUGUCCUACGUGAACUGCAGAAACAAGGGGUUGUUAUUCCUGCCCCUAAUUCCAGUGGAUUCGGCAUGACAGACAGCUGUUGGAAGACAUGAUUAGGUAGGAGUUGAUUAGAGAAGCAGAAUUUUCAUACUCCUAAGUUAUGUGUAGAAACUAUUACUGAAAAUCAUUAAUUUAACACUCAGAAAUCGAAUUACAGUCUGAUCUUCUCUGGAAUCUUGCUUGUCCAAAGGUAGAUUAGGACUGCGCAACACCCCAGUCAUAUUGUAUGUCUUACGUUUCACAAGGAAUAAAGUUACAUGCAGUUUUUAAAAACUAUUGGGAAUAUUGAGGUUAUUCCAUAAACUCAGUGACCACUGAGAAAUUCCAUUUGAUGCUUUUUCAGAUACUGUAGAACAUGCCUGAAUAUUUUUAACUUUUGUUCGUAACUUGUCUUGCAGCAAUUCCUUCGUGAACCAUUUGAGUAAUACUCUGCUUGGCUUGUAUUUUUAGUCUGUAGUUACUGGGUUUCAUUUGGUAGGACAUGAAAAAUCCUCUUUUUUUUUUUUUCCAACAUUUUGCUUCUCUCUCUCCAACUCCUAAAACGUUCCCUCCCUUUUCUUUAAGACCCCUUUCAACUUUGAAAAUGGCUGCAGGGCCGGAGCAGAGCAGGCAUCCUCUGGUGAUGCCCAAAUUCAAACCAUUUUCUGUUUACUUUGCAGAGCUUUCCAGCUGUGCUGGUAAGAGUGAUGGCAGCGCGGUCUAGCUGAAUUCUCACGGGGCAGAUAUGAAAAAGCCUGUAAAAUACAGGGUGAGAGUAGUCACUGUUAUCCCCCUUUAAAAGGGAAGGCUGUAUAGAGUGAGAUUUUUACAAGGGGCAGUUCUGGCUCAGAGAGAGUACUGUCUUCACAGGUGAUGUUGACUGACUAGAGAGGCCAGUCAAAUGUGAAGACACAGUGUACUGAAGCUCAACUGCAGGGAUAUGUCGGUGGGCAAAUUGAAGUUAAAAUACUGAGCAAAUUUGAAAAGGGAAUAGUGAGAAAAAAAAAAAAAUCUUCAGGAGUGACAACAGAGACUAGUAUGGUUAAGCAGGAAUAAUCCACCACACAAAUACCGAAUGCAGACAGAACUUUCUGCUGAACGGAGCGGCAUUGUAGAGGUGACAAGCUGAAUGUUCAAGACCAUCGCCUUCUUCCUCUCCUCUUACACCCGGCUGGAGUUAAGACACCAAAGUGUAGAGCCUGUGCAGUACCAGACAGCAG